GUGCCUUAUGAACGCAGGAGGAGCAGCAGCCGUUGGUCUUUGGCUGGCAGGCCUCCUCAUCACACCUUUGCUUCUCAGGACUCCAGGACCAGGGUCGGUCGGACGGCUCACAGCGGACUCUAGAAGCGAAGAUGCGGGCGGUCCGGGCCGUGGGAGUCGGUGUGCUGUGGGCGCUGCUGGCCGCUGUGGUGCCCGGCGGCGUGUCGGAGCUGGUGACGCUGGUGCAGGAGCCGAUCAGGUCCGAGUCCUCCCUGCUGAAGCCAAAGGUUAUGAUCGCCAUUGUGGCUCGCAACGCAGCGCACAGCCUGCCACAUUACCUGGGCUGCAUCGAGAGGCUGGAGUACCCGAAGGAGCGCAUCGCGAUCUGGGCAGCAACAGACCAUAAUGUGGACAACACCACUGCCAUGUUGAGAGAAUGGCUGAAGAAAGCCCAGCAUCUCUACCACUAUGUGGAGUGGAGACCGAUGGAGGAGCCGAGGUCCUACACAGAUGAGUGGGGUCCGAAACACUGGCCUCCUUCAAGGUUCAACCAUGUGAUGAAGCUGAGACAGGCGGCGCUGAAGGCUGCCAGGGAGCGAUGGGCCGACUACAUACUAUUUGUAGACAGUGACAACCUGUUAACGAACCCUCGUGUGCUGAACCUGCUGAUGGCUGAAAACUUGACCCUGGUUGCUCCCAUGUUAGAGUCUCGCUCACUUUACUCCAACUUCUGGUGUGGCAUCACCCCGCAGGGUUACUACAAGCGAACAGCAGACUACCAGCCGAUCAGGGAAUGGAAGCGGCUUGGCUGUUUCCCUGUUCCCAUGGUGCACAGCACCUUUUUGUUAGACUUGCGUCGCGAAUCCAGCAGGGACCUGGCCUUCUACCCUCCUCACCCAGACUACAGCUGGUCGUUUGAUGACAUCAUGGUGUUUGCUUUCUCGGCACGUCAAGCAGGUGUGCAGAUGUACGUGUGUAACAGAGAACACUACGGCCUCCUGCCCGUUCCUCUCAAAGCGCAGCAGAGCGUGGAGGAUGAAAGCGAGAGUUUUAUACACACCAUCACAGAGGCUUUGAUUGACCACGACAUUGAGCCCUCUGAGCACCUGUACUCCCCACCGCCACCGCAGGACACCAUGGGCUUUGAUAAAAUUUUCUUGAUCAACCUGAAACGUCGGCUGGACAGAAGAACCAGGAUGUUGAAAACAAUGUCCUCGCUUGGUCUACAUGCCACAUUGAUAGACGCAGUGGACGGCAAGGCUCUAAACACGUCCCAGCUGCAGGCGCUGGGAAUAGAGAUGAUGCCUGGCUACAAGGACCCUUACUCUGGUCGAGUCCUGACCAGAGGAGAGAUCGGCUGCUUCCUCAGCCAUCACUCUAUAUGGACACAGGUGCUGGAGCAGGGCCUUCAGAAGGUUCUUCUUUUGGAGGACGACGUGAGGUUUGAGCCCAGGUUUAAACGACGGAUCACGGCCAUAAUGGAUGACAUAGACAAAACCCAGCUGGACUGGGACCUCAUCUAUGUGGGCCGUAAGCGCAUGCAGGUGCAGCAGCCGGAGCAGUCUGUAGACGGCGUGAACAACCUGGUCAAGGCUGACUAUUCCUACUGGACACUCGGCUAUGCGCUGUCACAGCAAGGAGCCAGAAAGUUACUGGCUGCAGAACCCUUCUCGAGGAUGCUGCCUGUCGACGAGUUCCUGCCCGUCAUGUACAAACACCCAAACACUGAGUACAUGUCUCAUUUUGAGCCGCGGGACCUGAAGGCCUUCUCCGUGGAGCCGCUGCUCAUCUAUCCCACCCACUACACCGGAGAGCCAGGUUACAUCAGCGACACGGAGACCUCCACCAUCUGGGACGACGACGCCAUAGCCACAGACUGGGACAGGCAGCACGCCCGCAAGACGGCCCAACAGGGCAGCAUCCGCGCAGUGGCACAGAACAGCGUCACUGGAGACUCACCGCCUCCUGCGGCUCGAGCCUCUCGGGACGAACUCUGAUAACAGAGAGCUGAGACUCGGAGAGAAAGACUCGUGUUUACUGUGCCGUGUACACACAGAGACUGUCAUGUGUACACACACUUGAAAAGACACUUGAACUGAUAUACUGUACAUUCAUUUACACACACACACUGGUGUCCAAAUGGAUAAAAGCAGUUAAGAUGUCAAUCUACUCCGCUGCCUGAUGAGGGGACACUGAGGAGAGGAGGAAGAGGAGAGUCCGGGACGACGGCCAGCAGGCCUUUGACAAAAGCUUUAUUUAUUCCCCAUGUGCCUCCUCCGGGCAUGUGGAGACAGUUAUAGCCUGAGAAAACUUCAGCAACAUAUGGAAGACAGCUAACAUCAUUUUGCAGGACUUGAAAGAAAAAAAACAUCCUCACAAAUCGAUUUUAAUGUUUAAGAAGGUUAUUGUUAUUUAAAAAAUAACAGAGAAUAAAAGAACCUUAAAGCUGUUUGAAAACAAAUCUCACGUGUGCGUGUGAAACUGCUGUGUGUGUGUGUGUGUGUGUGUGUGUGUGUGUGUGAGCGCACACACAUAGACAUAUGCAUGUACUUAUAGGGAUGAAUGUGUGUGGGAGGAGGGAGGCUGACAGACAAUACCCAAGAGUGUCACUAUUUCAGAUGAUGUUGCACGCAUACACACGCAUGCGUACACACACACACACACACACACACACACACACACACUCACUGAGAGCACAGCCCUUUUUUGCUGAGCAGCAGGGCAGUAAUGGAUGUUAUUAGGCUCAGUGUCUCUGUUGUUGCAGAUAUGUCACUUGCACAGCGGGCUGGUCCUGCUAGUUAGCAUUUCAGAGCAUCCGUCACACACAUUACACGUAGCCUGCAGGAUGUAUUAAAUGCAAUUUUGUCCACUUCAGACUCCUGCUUUCAGAACUGGUAUGUGUGGAAUAUUUUUGGAUAAAGUGGAUUAUUGAAUUAUUCAUGUCCUUUAACACGGGCUGUUCUUCAUUCAGAUGUGGUGCCGGGCUGAACCAAUAAAACAACUUCCCUGUU